AUGAGCAGGGCAGGGGAACAACCUGCAGAAGGGAACUCUACAGCGACGACCAUGGAAGAUCUCAACUUGGUUCUUGGACACAAGACCUCACGGAGUCUUGCUGAUAGUGAGAGCCUCGCCAGCGCCAACCGAAGCAGCAGCAUGGGCUGUCGAGUCUGUCGCGCGAGAAAGGUCAAAUGCGACGGUCGGCCCAACGGCUGUCGCAAUUGUGAACGUCUCCAACUCGAGUGUGUUGACGAUGACGGUUCAAAGUCUGGCAGCCGGCGUGGAUCAGUUCCUGUGUCCCUCAGGAAGAUCAGGACUUAUCGAUCAUGUACCAGUUGUCGCGUAUCAAAGACUAAAUGCGACGGCGACCGCCCGAGAUGUUCACGAUGUAGCGCCCGCAAUCUCGAGUGCCAAUAUGACGGAGGCUCGGCUCCUCGCUGGGCACGCAACCUCAGCAAAGCACCAACUUCAGGCUCGACUGAAGAAGAUUUUGAGUCUUCUCUGGAUGCUUCCUCAGUUGCCGGGGAGAGUCUAAGGUCACACAGUCUCAUCCAGUCACGGGAGAACGAUGUCGCAACGUCUCAUCGGUCAAGCACCAGAGAUACCAGCAGCAUCAAUCCACCCAUAGACUUUUCCGAUGAUACCGAGUUGUCUAUUCAUUCAUGGCUUAUAUCACCAGAUCUCCCAUCUGGGAACAACAUCCGUACCGUAGUCGACCACUAUUUUGCCAACAUCCAUCCUCUCCGAUGCUUUGCUUUUGUACAUAGACCAUCAUUUGCUCGUCUGUUAGAUAAGGGCUUUGAGUCCGAUGACGAAAAGGCACUGCUGCACAUUAUUUGUGCACAGGGAGCCAAAUUCUAUGCACUGUCUAUCAAUUUGGAGGAUCAAGAUGCCAAAGCGAGCUUGAUCCGAGCUGCGGGCAACAACUGGGCAAAAAAGGCUGAAAUGCUGGUACUCACCAACUUUGGCAAGAUUUCAGUCCAAAGACUCAUGACAUGCAUAUUACUUUACGACUUCCAUUUUAGACUAGGCGAAUACACCCAAGCUCUGAUGCUGAGUGGUCUCGCAGUCCGAAUGGCUCACGCACUACAGCUCAACGUCGAGUUCUCACCCGACAUUCUCUGCGCAGAGGCCAACGAGUCCUCCCCACCAGCCGUUGAGAAGGAGAGUCGCCGUAGACUCAUGUGGGCCUGCUACAUCCUAGAUGCCUGGACGGGUAGUGGUGUUGAUCAAUUAACACUACUGCGAGAAGCCGAUAUCAAAAUCCAGUUGCCCUGUAACGAACGUAACUUCAGACUUCGGAUCCCUUGUGUAACAGAGACGCUCGGUGUAGGACAUGUUCUGCAAUUUCUCCCUCCUGCGAUUGUUCCACGAAGGCCGGCUGCCAACAUGGGCAUCAUGGCUUACUACAUCCGAAUUGUCACCCUAUGGAAACGGGUAGUCAGAUAUGUAAAGCAUCUGAAUACGAGCCCGCCUCCGUGGCUUCCCGAGUCCGACUUUGCAGCUCUUGAUGCCGAUUUGCGAUCAUGGGGACGACAUCUUCCCGAGUUCAUCUCAUACUCCACUGACACCAUUUACGCACGCCUCGAAUCCGAUCAGCUCGGAUCACUUGUCUUACUCCAUUGCACAUAUCACCACAAUCUCCUAGAUCUUUACAGAAUAUCUAUGCCUGACCUUUUCAAGUUGAUCAAGCCUUUCUACUUCCCACCUAAUCAGCAAGAGUUCCUGCAAUCUUUGCAAGCCGAUUGCUUUUACCACGCGAAGCAGAUUUCUACUAUCUUGGCUGAGGCGGUACAACAUGGUGCACGAUAUCUUGCCGACAGUCUCCUUCCCUGCUUUGCUUAUGAUAGUAGCCGCGUGAUGCUGUACUACAUUGCAAGGCUGCUUGAUUUGAGUAGACCUGAUGCAGAAACGAUUGUUGUGGAUGCAAUCAAUGCCGUCGAAAGCAAUAGCAAGAUCUUACGGACAAUGGCGGCUCUGUUUCCACUCGCGGAUUCUCUAGCAACGACGACUGAGAGAUGGCUAGCCAAGAUUCGCAAGACUUUUGCCCAGGAUGAACAUAUGAGCGACCGUCCUCUACAUGGUGACGAGGAAAGGUCGCCGAUUUUGACUGGGAGCCCCGUCACAAGCAGUCCUGACGAGGCCAUGGGAGCUCUUGGCCUGGCUCGUCUUGCGCAAGGCCAAAGCAGUGAUAUGAAGCCGAUAGACCGCGAUGCUUGGAACAAGGUGGAAAGCGGCAGCUCAAGUGCAAGCAAAAGAGGAGCUGGAUCCGUCUCUGGGGCAAGCAGUCAGCCCGAAGUAACGCCCGCACGAUCCAAACUACAGCACGAGCAGCCAGUAUCUCAACGGACACCCCCAGGAGCUACGACUUCACACAUGGACCACCAGGCAGUAGAUCUCAGCGAUUUGCAGAACUACCUAUCGUGGGAUAUGUAUGGAAUCAUGGAGAUGAACGACAAUGGCUUGAAGGCUGGUAUAGAAGACAACGGCAUGCCAUCCUGGAGUACCAUGUGA